GAAGUGGGAGGGACUCAGAGCCGCGGGUUUCUCACACACCGCCUUCUAGGCAGCCCUCCUCCAGUGCCUGCCAGCCGGACCCCAAGGCGAAGGGCAGCAGUGCACAGCCUGGGGAGCCAGUGGAGUGAAGACACCUGCGGCCCGAAGCCUCUGUCCUCCUGUGAUCGCAUCAUGGUGCGACUCCAGUGUCCCCUCUAGGUCCAUCACCAGCGCCACCGCCCUUCAUCUGUGAUCCAGUGCGGCUGUGCUCUGCUGGGUGGCAGCUCCAGGAGGUUGCGGUCCCCCAGGUCUGGAAGCCACUAAAUGCUGGGUCACGCAUGUCCUUGAGUCAGUAGAAGCAGAUCUUCAUCAGUCCACAUCAACAUCAGCUAGUCAGAAGGAAACCACGGCCAAGCUCCAGGAACACCAUGUUCUGCAGGAAGUUCAAGGAUCUCAAGAUCACAGGGGAGUGUCCUUUCUCCUUACUGGCCCCUGGUCAGGUUCCUAAGGAGCCAACAGAGGAGGUGGCCGGAGGCUCUGAGGGCUGCCAGGCCACUCUGCCCAUCGGCCAGGGCUUCCCUGAGAAGAAUGCAGAAGGGAGUCUCCCCCAAAGAAAGACAAGUCGCAACAGAGUCUACCUGCACACCCUGGCAGAGAGUAUUUGCAAGCUCAUCUUCCCAGAGUGUGAGCGACUGAACCUUGCACUUCAGAGAACCUUGGCAAAGUAUAAAAUACAAGAAAACAGGAAAUCUUCAGAAAAAGAAGACCUUGAAAAAAUAAUUGCAGAAGAAGCAGUUGCAGCAGGUGCCCCAGUGGAGGCGCUCAAAGACUCUCUGGGCGAGGAGCUGUUCAAGAUCUGUUAUGAGGAAGAUGAGCACAUCCUGGGCGUUGUUGGCGGCACCCUGAAGGACUUUCUAAACAGCUUUAGCACACUCCUGAAACAGAGCAGCCACUGCCAAGAGGCGGAGAGGCGGGGACGACUGGAAGAUGCCUCCAUCUUAUGCCUGGACAAGGACCAGGACUUUCUAAAUGUUUACUACUUCUUCCCGAAGAGAACCACAGCCCUGCUUCUCCCCGGUAUCAUUAAAGCAGCUGCACGCAUACUGUACGAAAGCCACGUGGAGGUGUCCCUGAUGCCUCCCUGCUUCCGAAGUGACUGUACCGAGUUUGUGAACCAACCCUAUUUGCUCUACUCCGUCCAUGUGAAGAGCACCAAGCCUUCCCUGUCCCCUGGCAAGCCCCAGUCCUCACUAGUGAUCCCCGCUUCGCUCUUCUGCAAGACUUUCCCAUUCCAUUUCAUGCUGGACCGAGACCUGGCCAUCCUGCAACUGGGUAAUGGCAUCAGAAGGCUGGUGAACAAGAGGGACUUCCAAGGGAAGCCCAACUUUGAAGAGUUCUUUGAAAUUCUAACUCCCAAAAUCAACCAGACAUUUAGCGGCAUCAUGACAAUGUUGAAUAUGCAGUUUGUCAUCCGGGUGAGGAGAUGGGAUAACUCGGUGAAGAAAUCGUCAAGGGUUAUGGAUCUCAAAGGUCAAAUGAUCUAUAUCGUUGAAUCCAGUGCCAUCUUGUUCUUAGGGUCGCCAUGUGUGGACAGGUUGGAAGAUUUCACAGGACGGGGGCUCUAUCUGUCCGACAUCCCAAUUCAUAAUGCCCUGAGAGAUGUUGUCUUGAUAGGGGAGCAGGCACGGGCUCAAGAUGGCCUCAAGAAGAGGUUGGGGAAGCUGAAGGCAACCCUGGAACAUGCCCACCAAGCCCUGGAGGAGGAGAAGAAGAAGACGGUGGAUCUGCUGUGCUCUAUCUUUCCCUCUGAGGUUGCUCAGCAGCUGUGGCAAGGACAAAUUGUGCAAGCCAAGAAGUUCAGCGAGGUCACCAUGCUCUUCUCAGAUAUCGUAGGGUUCACUGCUAUCUGCUCUCAGUGUUCACCUCUGCAGGUCAUCACGAUGCUCAACGCUCUCUACACUCGCUUUGACCAGCAGUGUGGAGAGCUGGAUGUCUACAAGGUGGAGACGAUCGGGGAUGCAUAUUGUGUGGCAGGGGGAUUGCACAGAGAGAGUGACACCCAUGCUGUCCAGAUAGCACUGAUGGCCCUGAAGAUGAUGGAGCUCUCCAAUGAGGUCAUGUCUCCCCAUGGAGAACCUAUCAAGAUGCGAAUUGGACUGCAUUCUGGAUCAGUGUUUGCUGGAGUUGUUGGAGUGAAGAUGCCCCGGUAUUGCCUGUUUGGAAACAAUGUCACUCUGGCUAACAAAUUUGAGUCCUGCAGUGUGCCUCGGAAAAUCAAUGUCAGCCCCACCACAUACAGGUUACUCAAAGACUGCCCUGGCUUUGUGUUCACCCCAAGAUCAAGGGAGGAGCUUCCACCAAACUUCCCUAGUGACAUUCCUGGGAUCUGUCACUUUCUGGAUGCUUAUCAACAUCAAGGACCUAAUUCCAAACCAUGGUUCCAGGAUAAAGAUGUGGAAGAUGGAAAUGCCAACUUCUUAGGCAAAGCAUCAGGGGUAGAUUAGUGAGCCACAUGCUCUUAUGUUUGAUGCCUUUAAAGGUAUGCAGAACCUCCGUGAUGACUUUAGGAUUACAGAAGAUAAAAAGCAGUGUUAAAAUUGCAGAGGCUAAACACAGGUUUCCUCUGUCUCCCAUUUAAGAUGGAAAAAAAAGUGUUCACUUCAGCGCUUCAACCUUCUUCUAUUUAAGAAACAGACCUCAAAAGUAACCUAUGACUUUUGGGGGCAUAGUUGUGUACUAGAACAGUCACUACCUGCACUCAAAAUCCAGCACAUUGUACAUAUUCCAGGCAACUGUAGUCAAGUUUAAGUGUUGAAGUAAUGGGCUCACCUGUGGCCUGUGGCCAGCACAAGCUGUGGUUAUUAAAGUGUGUAUGUGAUCGUGUCACUUGUAAAAUCUCUGAAUAGAAACAAGAGUGUUUAAUUCUGCAAGAACUCCCAGCCUCUCGACUCAACAUUCAAUUAGAUUUCCUUAUUUAAUCAUGUCAUAUGGAACACAAUAGACCAGCACCACCUUUCCAGCUACAUCUUUGUGCCUAUAUAUGUGUUUUCUUUUCCUUUCCUUUUUUUUUUUAAGAAAAUAAGCAAUUAGACAUUAGUUGAAAUGUGAUAUAUUCUCAUGUUUUGUCAUUUAAAAUAUCCUCUAUAGCACAAUAUAUAAUACAACAAAUACUUUCCUUUUUGAUGUUAUAUGUGAUAAAACAUUUUAAUUAAUCGUAACAACAAUGUACUUCCUACUAAUCCACAUAAAAUGUACUAAUAGCAAAACUUUCAGAAUACAAAGACUUAUAGCCCUAGUUAAAAUGCAAUAAUAUUCGAGUUUAAUGAAGGCAUAGAGUUAACAUUUGCACCCAGAGAGCCUACAGAAGAGGACAGUGGUAAAAUGUUCACAAACAUACAUGCUUAAGUAAUCCUCUACUGCCAUGUUGAGCCAUAAAACCCAAGGAGAAGAGUCUUAACUCACAAGUGGAAGAUGAGGCUUCAUUUUGUCGUUUUAGAUAGCUUAAGUAUGUUUACUGACCAUUUUAGUGUAUGUGUUAAGAAUCUAAUUUUGUAUUAUUCAAUGUAUGCCUGUGAAGUGUUAUUCUAGUUAAAAUAUUCUAAUAUUUUCAACAGGAACCACUAGUAUCAAUGAAGAAAGCCCCAUCAUGGUUUCAUUGUGGAGCUCUCUAAAAUUUUUUUUUCCUGCUGGAGUUUGAACUAAUUUCCUUUCCCUCCCAUACCCUCCUCUCAAGUCCCCUUUCUUCCCUUCCCAUUGUGCAUGUAUGUAUGAUUCUGUGAGCGGAACACCGGGACUGUGCAUGCCUGGUAAGGGCUUUUUUCCCCAUGUAGCUUGGAUUGUAUUGCUAAUGGUGACAGUUUAUACUCCCUCCCAAGUGAGCUCCAGUGUGAAUUCUGUAAAAGGAUGUGGCUUUAAAGCAAGAGAGAUUGACACAGUUGAGUCUUUGAAUCAGUAUUAGCAGAACUAUAGGCAUGCUGACUUUCUAUGUGUGUAUUUGAAAAGAAACUCAGCUUAGAAGUCUUUUUCUACCUCCACUAGCCUCCAAGCAUCCCGGUAACAGUUACCUUCACUAGCCUCCAAGCAUCCUGGUAACAGUUACUUCCACUAGCCUCCAAGCAUCCUGGGAACAGUCACCAAUACCUAGCUCUAGUUUUUCCAAGGAGUACGACAAAACCACUCCAGUGGAUUUCCUUAAAGGCUGUUUAAAGGCUCAUUAAACAGUCGCACUGAUGUUGGAGAGUGUCACAGGCCUUGUGAAGGUGUAUUUAUGAUGUCACAAUGAUGUGAAGUUCAACGAAAAUCUAUGAAGACGGUAAGGAGGUAAAUACCCUCUCUUUCUGGAACUAAAAUUUAAUACAGGGGAACUAAUAGGAAUCACAGACAAUUAGAAAGCAUAAAACAGGAUGUCAUCCUCUUAAGCUGUGCACUUAGGUAGUUGCUACAUUCAUAAUAAUCUGAUUCAGAUGCUUGCAUGUUAAUUAGAAUUAAUUCCCCACUGUCUUUUAGAGAUGGAGAUAGAGCUUAGUGACAAAGCACCUGCCUAGCAUUUAGGCAGUCCUUAGUUCCAACCCAAGCAGUGUGAAGGAACUACAUGCAUCUCUCAUGAGCAUAGGAUGUAUGAUCACAUUCACCUGUGUCACCUGUGUACACACCUGGGGCAAAUGAAGGAACUGUAUCUAAUUCAAGUCAAAAGAAGUACAGGAGCUCCAUGUACGGUUCCUAUAACUUUUCUAUUAUUUUGUCAUUUUAUCUAAAUAAAAACAUUAU